AUGACUGCCGCGAACGGAGUGCCAGUCAACCUCACAUCGAGAUGGAACAUCAAUACGCGCCGCUCGCCUUCAGCACCAGCUGCAGCAAAGUCAUCAGUACGGAAACUCAACGCGUCCUGUAAUGGCUGCCGAAAAUCAAGACUCAAGUGUUCCGGAGGCCACCCAUGUCAACGCUGUAUGGCAUCGCCCACUCCAUGCGCCUGCAUUUAUAGCAUCUCGCAGCGUCGAGGGAAGCACAAAGCAAAUGAACCAGCGAGCCAGCAUACCUCUGCAAUCCCCGAUUUAGGGGCAAUGCCCCUGUUUCCCCAACCUGAAGAUUGGACUGUAUCACCAGGCCUCAUGUGGAAUGGCCCGGACAUGUUGAGUAUUGAGCAUAACUUGGACCAGACUUUCUCGUCCAACCACUUGGACUAUCAACUCAGAAAUUCACCUUCUUUAAGUGAUUUUCUUGACUCGAUAGAGUCUCCCGGCCCUCCACCAUCCACCAAUGUUGCCGACCGAGGAAAAUGCGUCGAAUCGUGUUUCCUUCCCGUUCACAAGAUAACCAGCGAGCUUGUGGGAAUAGAGGCAGACUCGUCGCGGAACUCGUUAGAAAAUUUGCUCAGAAUGCUCGACCAGUCGAUCAUCUAUGCUGGCAAAUAUCUCGCAUGUCUCAACUGCGAUCCCGGGUGUCCCAGGAUAAUGAAUUUGUCAUUUCUUCACCAGCGCCAAGUCACUCUGCUCAGCAAUAUUGCCAAGGAUCCAGCCGCCUUCAUACAUGAACAAGCGCCCCGUGUGACCUUGGGAGAGUACCAGGCUUCACGGGAAGAUGAUGCCACGCUCAAGCGCAUGUUGCUUUUGCGGGUUGCGCGGGAUAUUCUCAAGUCCGUGAAUGAAUGCAAUGACAGAUCAAGAGAAUUUGAGAAGAGUUUCAAGGAGGGCACCCUAGACUUGGGAGAUAUUGGAAAAUUAAACUUGCGGUGGCUGUUGGACAUUGCAGAGAAUUUGACAAAAAGACUCAACUGCAUCAGGUCUCUAUUAGAAAACAACCAAUGGGCCUUGGAUUCUACUAGUACAUAA